AUGGUCUUGCAUGCCCAAUGCCCUCCACGGUGCUUCUUUGCCCUGUACUUCAGUCAUGAGGAAGGAGCUAUUGACUUUUCUGCCAUCCACAGAGUUUUUGGUGUCAGUAAUGCUUCCCUCCUUUUGUACCGACUUCCGGCAAAAGACCAGUCUGAGGCAGCCGUUUCACUUACCAUUGAGGCUUUAGCUCGGCUCCAAUAUCCCGUCUAUGGUUGUAUAUCUCACAUUCUUACCCUUCAACAGCAGGUUAGUGAUUUGCAACCUUAUCGAGCUUAUUUUCAAGAUUUACUCUUUGCUACCUAUCCUGCAUAUUCCCAACCUAUCCUAGAUUGGUCUCUCCUACAACCCGAUCAAAAUCCAAAAUGGAACUCCGAUCUUCCCAUCAUCCCCGAGGAUGUCUCUUAUCCUAGUUUCUCAGAGGCUACCCUUCCACCUUACCUUGGUGAAACCAGCAGUAGCCAGAUGCCACUUCCAGAUGACAUCGAUGAGCUGGGACAUGUCGUGUUUGGCAACCAUCGUCAUCACUGA